CUUUUCCACUAUUUACGCUCUUUACUAGUAUUGACUUUUGGCUCAGUACGAUCUCAAACAUGGCUCAGCACGAAUACAAAAUGCUUGGAGAAAAAAUGUUCACCUACAAAGGAACUGUCAUAGCUUUGACAGAAGAUUUUGACCUCUCUCCGGAAUAUAUUGACAGUUUGGAGGAUUUUGAAACAAAGGAUGAUGAUGUCUUUGUUGUUACCUUCCCCAAAUCUGGUACAGUGUGGACCCAACGGAUCAUUACAUUAAUAUAUGCAGAAGAUUUCCCAGACACAGCCAAAGAACUCACAGCUGAGCAGAUGCCGUGGCUGGAGUAUCGGAGAAUAGGGAAAGAUUACAAAACACGACCAUCUCCAAGACUCUUCUGCUCCCAUUUACUCCAGCCGCUGAUGCCCAAAAUGCUGCAGAGAAAGGGAAAAGUCAUCUAUGUCAUGAGAAACCCUAAAGACGUCAUGGUGUCAUAUUUCCAUUUUUCCAACAACAUAAAAAACCUGGAUUCUUCUGAGAGCUUUGAUGAGAUGCAGGAAAAAUUCUUCACAGGAUGCAUGGUUGGUGGCUGUUGGUUUAAUCAUGUUAAAGGAUGGAUGACAAAUAAAGAAAAAUACAACAACAUCCUGAUCCUUACUUAUGAAGAAAUGAUCAAGGACCUCAGAUCUGUCGUUGUGAAAAUCUGUGAGUUUGUGGGAAAAAAUCUGUCGGACGCAGCAAUAGAUAAAGUGGUGGAAACAGCCACAUUCAAGAACAUGAAGAAAGACCCUGUGGCCAACUAUGAAUCCCUUCCUCAGGAUAUCACAGAUCAGCCAAAAGGACUGUUUAUGCGUAAAGGAACAGUUGGGGACUGGAAAAACUCUUUAACUGUGGCUCAAAGUGAGUGUUUUGACCGCGUCUACCAAGAAAGAAUAAAGGACAUACCUCUUAACUUUGUCUGGGACAUCUCAGAAUUUACUGGCUGAAAACUCAAGUUCUUACAUUCGUUUUACAAACUAAUAAAACCUCAGAUAUGUGAAUGGAUGUGUUGGUCACCUUAUCACAAUAGAUAAAAGUCAGGGUGCCUUUAGGAUAAUACUGACCACAUGAACUUUGAUUACAACUAUGUACAAGGGCUGAUAAUAAAAAAAUCAGGUCAAAGAAAGCAGUCCAAAGGUUGCCAGUUAACUACGCAAAAAUAAACAACAUUAACUGAC